UCAAUGAGUCCGUGAGCGAGGCGCUCCAGGAGGAGUGUCCGAGUGUUUACACGAGUCAGACCUCUCCUUGUGGAUGUGUGUGGAUGUGUGCGCGCGCGCGCGGACGUGUGUUUAUGUGUGCGUGCGCGCGUGCGUGCGUGUGUGAGAGUGAAUAUGCCGUCGCUGUGGGAUUGUUGCCGCUUCCGCGCGACACACUGAGAAAUAAAUACCAAGACCGAGAGGAGCGACCGGCGUCCAGCCAUGGGAGGCCAAAUCACCCGUAACGCCUUGUAUGAUUCUCUGGGUGGCCCAUUCCCUCCAUCCACUCACCGAUGCCACCAGAAGCCGAAGCGCUGCUUGCCCUUACAGCCAUGCAUGGGCAUUCCCGUCAGCCCGCUGCUCUUCCACCCCAGUGCCAAGGGCUCACAGAUCGUCAUGGACAUGGCCCAGAGGACAGUCAAAAGACAGGCCAGCUUUUGCAACGCUAUCACCUUCAGCAACAGACCCAUCGCCCUGUACGAACAGGUCCGCCUGAAGAUCACAAAGAAGCAGUGUUGUUGGAGUGGUGCUCUGCGCCUGGGCUUCACCUCCAAAGACCCAUCACGUAUCAACCCAGACAGCCUGCCUAAGUACGCGUGCCCAGACCUGGUGUCUCAGAAUGGUUUCUGGGCCAAGGCACUGCCCGAGGAGCUAGCCAAUGAGGGCAACCUCGUCGCCUUCUGGGUGGACAAGAAGGGCCGCGUGUUCUACCGCGUCAACGGCUCCAGUCCCAUGCUAUUCUUCAGCGGCGUGCGCACCAACGAAACCCUCUGGGCACUCAUCGACGUCUAUGGCCUGACUCGAGGAGUCCAGCUGCUUGAUAGUGAGAUCAUCCCUCCAGACUGUCUCCGUCCACGCUCCUUCACUGCAGUACGAGGCCCCUCAUCCCUGCGACGUGAGGCCGAUUCCUCCCGCCUGUCCGUCAGCCUUUGCGACCUCAACCUGGCACGAGAUGAGGCCAGACUCCGCCUCCCAUCUGCCCCCAUCGCCACCUCCCGCCCCAUUCCACAGAAUUCUCUGAAUUCGUUCCUCCCAGCCGCCCUAGAAAGUGAGUUGCGUUUCCAUCAGCUUCGCGGCAGCCACCUCAAAGCCGUGGACGAGCAGACAGUGGCACGCUGCAGUCACGGGCAUGAAGAAGAGGGCACUCUGGUAUUCACCGAGCGGCCAAUGCGCCUCUCAGAGACCAUCUACAUCACAGUGAGCAAGUCAAGCCUGGCUCGCUCAGGCUCACUCUCCUACGGUGUGACCUCGUGUGACCCCGCCACGCUGCGCCCAAUGGAGCUUCCCUCUAACCCAGAGGAGCUGGUGGACCGCAAGGAAUUCUGGGCUGUGUGCAAGGUGCCCUCUUUGCUCCACUCUGGAGACGUCCUGAGCUUCCUGCUCACACAGGAAGGAGAGCUGAUCCUGAGCCAGAACGGCAUCAGUGCAGGCAUGCAGGCAUGUGUCGAUAACUCCCGCCCGCUUUGGAUGUUCUUUGGGCUGCAUGGUGCCGUCACGCAGCUAAGGAUUUUGGGCUCUAUCCACCCGAGCGAUACUCAAGGCCCAUCCAGCCCUAGCUCACCCUCCUCUUCCUCACCUCACUCUCUUGGAGCAGGCCUGUGCAGUGGCAGCUCAGAGCCAGCGAUAAAUGCAGGCUGCUCUGGAGCAUUCUGCACCUCCGUCACAGGAACAACCCCAAGCUCACCCAUCCACCUCUCCAAGUCCCCCACCUUCCCAACAUCCUCCAGCUCGUGGCUGGACGAGUGCUCUAUCUGCUACGAGAACGCAGUGGACACGGUUAUCUAUGCGUGCGGUCACAUGUGCCUGUGCUACAGCUGUGGCCUGCGCCUCAAAAAGAUGGCCAACGCCUGCUGUCCAAUCUGCAGGAGGGCUAUUAAAGACAUUAUAAAGACCUACCGGAGCACAUAGGAGCCAUAACCCACUUCUGUAAUACACCAUAUGGUGGCCCAUGAGGGCCAAAACAAAGACACAGAACGAGACCCUCGCAUAACGGAAAGAGGUUUCUGGUUCAGGGACAUACUUCAUGGCCUUUCAUUGUUCCCGUGGUGAUGAAUUUGAACCUUAAAGGCUCGGGCAUCCGUCCGCAAAAAGGUCUCUUACAGUUUCAUGUACAAGGCUUUGUUGCUACGGUAACCAGUCGUGAUGCUGCUCAGGAAAGGAGGAUUCUGACUAAAGCUCUCCACAUAGGAGAAAAAGGAGACGCAAAACUGUAAAUAGCCUCAAGCAAAUCAGGAAGUUCCAGGAGACAUUAAUAUCUGAAAUGUUAAUAUCUCCAUCUUAUUUUCAACUCUUUCAACUCUAUUUGAGCCAUAAGAGACUCGAAGAGUCUCGUCCGUUUGCAGAAGUGGAAAGCUGGAAACCGUAUUUAACAUAGUCGAAAGAUAUGAAAGUGGAUCUUUUUUUUCUUCAACCUGGUGACUGCCCUUAAAAACUCAGACUUUUCCGUCAGAUUCAUGUUAAAUGUUUCAGUGUCACAAUUUCUGUCUGUGUACAGCUGAGAUUAAGUGAAAGAUAAAACACACACACAUGUACAGUAAGCCCCAAGCCUCAUGCUCUCGGAGCUAAUGCUUAAGCUACUAUUCCAGAUAGCUACGUGCUUUGAAGUCAGUGUUGAUGUAUUGAAUUGAUGAAAGGACCUUCAAGCACUGAUGACAGCACAAUGCUGUGUUAAGCAGUGUAAUGUGAAGCCUCAGUUCCCUGCUGAAACAAACGGAUUAGAAAUUUCACAUGAUAAGCUGGUGCUGCUGGUGCAUUACGGAUGUGCCUGAUGAGUCAAAUAUCAUUUGAACUCAUGUUAGUCAUAGUUUACGUUAUUGGGUGUUUAAAUAAGAUCUAAAAUGGGAUAAAUUCUAAAUAAAUCAAGUAUUAUGGCAUUUCAAAGCUAAGCAUAAGAGUAAUAAGUAAAAUAUCAGACGAGAUAGCAGCUUCUAAGUAGAGCUUGGUACACUUAGCUAGAAGCUAUGUCUAUAACAGGACUAUUAUGAGGCUAUACUAGGGUACUUUAAUAAUGUACUGUUAACAGGACCACAUGUUAUAGUGAAAUUAUGAGAAAGUCAAAGCUAUUUGCUUGGCUGUUUACUGUGGAUGUUUGAUAUUUGUAUGGUGGUUUUGGGAAACCCUAUCAGAUGUUGCUGUGGCUGUGAGUUCUGGUCAAAAAAUCAGGAUUUACCCAAAAUUGGCCAAGAUCGACUUUAAGAAACCAUUAAUAUAUUUCACCAAAAUGACAUGGACAUGCUUUUAUUUACUUUCUGAUCUAUUUUGGAUAUCUUCCUGCAGAAAUCACAGUAGGUAAGGAGCCAGUUUAACAAACGCAGCAGUAAAUGCAGACAGUUUCCCUAAUGAUGUCUAAUGCCUUAAAGUCAAGAUCUCAUUCAGUUCCAUUUUAACAAACAUUUCAAUCCACACCGACCGCUUUAGAGACGCCUCAAACCCGAGCUUGCAUUUCCCACUGCCCUUGUUUUACACUUCAGGUCUCUCUUUUUUUCCACUCACACUGGAGAGGUGUAAACUAUUGAGAAAUCAACUGAAAUCACAAAACCACACUUUUUAUACCGUACACACUUUAUUUCAAAUCGUUAUCUACAAAGAUCAUGAUUGUGCAACCUGUAGCUGCAUAGCAAAGUGUUUGCACAGUAUGAUACUCAUUUUAUAUUGUUGAACAUCCCAAUGCCUCAUGUCACGUUUUUAGAUGAACUUAGCAAUGUGAUUUUCACUUCUUUUGGUUUAUGGGUGUUGUUGUAUUACAGUCUUCAUGACAGUUUGGCAAGUAGCUGGUGGAGUAUGGAGCAGAUUUCCUCAUCUUGUUCUUAUAUUUAUACAACAGUUAGUUCCGGUCCACUAAUUUGAUUGGUCGAGUUGCGUUCCAAGAGUGCUUAUAAGUUCUAUAACCCCACUGGGAUGUUUCACUGUGUGUAUCACUCCGCUCGUCUGUAUUCGCCACAUAAAAUUCCACUUCCUAGUUCGAAACAGUUACUACAGUAGUGUUAGCAACAUCAUCAGUGAACAUAGCAAACAAUACUUUUGACUUAAAAUAUAAAAGCUCAUCAGAUGAAGAUGAAAAGGAAGAAGGGUUGCAAAUUUUAAUGGUAAUGUACAAAUCAAAGUGAGCUAGCUAGCCAGAUAGACAACAAGUGAGUGUGGCAUCUUCAGGAUCUAUUUCCACUAGCGGAGCAAAAAUAAACAGAACAUUUAGCCAUAUUAUGUCCGAAAUGUCACUUACUCAAUAUUAAUUUCUUGUUUAUAGAACUGUUGUAUAAAAGCAAUAUUGCACUCGCAAUCGUGCGGUUAUACUGAAUAUCAGCAUGGCUGUGAUUACCCACGGCGCUCUUACUUGUGCGAUAUUGCUUAAUUAUAAAACCCUGUAUAGCAAUGCGAGUUACAAACUGAAGGAUAUUUAUACAGGAAAGUAAGGAGGUCAUGAGUAACAGGUGAGAGUCAUUUGUAAGUAGGAGAAUCCCAUUGGUUUGGCUGACAGGUGGGCGUGGUUAAUGGUGGAGUGGUUAUGGUAGCUCUCUAGGCUUAUUCCAUUAAUUAUUAAAUGUUAAACAGUUAAAAAAAUAUAUUUGUAAUAUAAAUUCAUCUACACAUAAUUAAUAAUCAAAUGCUGGAGUUGCUAAAACUGAUUUCUCCUGCUGGUAGGCCGUACAGAAAUGCAGCUGAGACACGUCUGGUGUGGAUUGACAGGUCUUGAUGCAACACUUACGCAAUGCAUCCUUGUGUGAACUCGGGGUUACAGUCUAAAUGUCAUGCUUUAAUAGCGCUGUAGUCGCAAAGAAAAAUUUCAUUUCCUUUUUCACUUUUGUGAGUAAUCAGAUUUGUUCAGAAUUACAUAUAGUAGAAAAUCUCAAAAUUUCAUGAUGAAGGGUUUUCCUCGCCACCACCACAGAUAAUACAAACACAACGUAGUUAAAAAGUUUGCCUAUAAAUUGGAUUAUAGACAUUGAAAAUUCUUGCAGUUUUUAAAUACAGGGUCCAUGUCUACAUCAGUUUGAAAUGGUUACAUGGUAGUUAUGAAUGCACACGAUGAAUGAUAAUUAUUAAUUAUAAUAUAUAAUUGAAAUAGUUGAAUAUUAUUCAUUUAAAAAUAUGGCCAAAAUGUAUAAAAUGGUUGUUGGUCUAGCUGGAUUUCGCAGGGUUGUGUACGUGAUAGGAGUCUGUUAAAGAACCAGUUGAAUCAUUUGAAAGGCUGAAUAUCAGCAGCCAGGUGGCUAAAUAGGUAAAUAACAUGACUGAAUAAUCCACAGUUUUAAUACAAACAUCUAUUUUGAAUUGAAUUGGGAGGAAAAACAGCGAAAUGCUGCAUUUUUCCAUUGUAAAUUUUAAUCGGUUCAAAUCAGGACGCGGCAAUCUAAGCUCGUGUCACUGCAGACGCACAGCUCUGUUGUCAGUUUUGCCAUUCAAGUGUUGAAAGCAGCUUCUUGAAGCACUCGGCACAUGCAAUUGCCAUGGAGACGGGAAUCUUGGGAGCAGGAACACAGCCUUGAGAUGUUAAACAAUGAAAAGAUCAUUUGUCGGACAAGGCUAUUUGGUUUGCCGGGGCAAUCCAUAAUUCACCAAGUACCCUCUUUAUUCAAGGCCAAAUAUGACAUGUUGCAGGAUAAUAGCUCCUCGAGGGCAAUGGAGAAACACAAGACUGAAGACAUUUUGAGCUAGCACAUGCUUAUUUUAUUGUUUGUAAUUACAAGAUACAUGGAGGGGUUGAGCAUGAAAUGCUUUUGAAUGAGGAGGAGUGAAGAGGAGCUGACAUAUGGAGGACAAAGGGAAGGAUUUCAGCAAGUCAUUUUUGCCUUAAGAGUGCUUUUAGCCAUAAAUUUCACAGCUGGAGAUGGACUGAUGAUGUCGUGAUACACCCUCUUUAGGGGUAAACAUAGAAUAGAGUUCGUCUACACUGAAUGUCAAUAACAUUCUCAUAGGUUAGCACAUCAACAUGCAGAUGGAUGGAUCACGGCCACAUAUCAGGGACAUUAUCGAUGAGGUUUUUUUUUUUUUUUUGCGGAAAUCAAUCGUGGCAGCCAGGGCUAAAAUCUAUGCUGCUAUAGCAACAGACAGUUCAUCUUCAGGCAACGUUACAGUGACGUGCUUCUGGACUUUACUCCAUUUCAUCGCUGCUGUCACAAGAAAAUCUCAAAUUUUGACUUUGUGUAUAUAUUUAAAAGCUGGGCGUCCUUUUUUAUGUAGUUGAGGCAAGUUAGAAUUCAGCUGAUGUUUUGUAAUAAUUAGAACAAGACAAUAGAAAGCCUAGUUAUUCUUCUUCUUGGAUGAAAAUACCAUACAUGCAAUAUUUUUCUUUUCCACAAGACUUGGAGCUGUAUGAUUUGCUUGAGGGUGGAUAUUCACUUUUAAAUGUUAAUUUAUGUCCAUUGAUCAUGACCUGAAUUUCGAUUCUAGCUCUCACCUACUAUCCAGCGUGUUUCUUUGCUAUGAUGGGACUAAAAAUCAGGAUUAUUCCUCUCUGGGUGACACUGUAAUAUAUUUCCUGAAUCUAGAAGAAGAAGAUGCUUAGCUUGCAUCCAUGAGCUAUACUGUGUGCUUUUGCAGUGAACAAUCAUAAAUAUGUUUCUUGUGGGUACAGGAUAAGCACACGACUGCGGCAAUGUACAAUCUUUGGUUUUGCCGUAAUGUUAAGAAAUAAGAAAACCUAUUUUGCGUAUAAACACUUAUAAUUUAUAAAUAGGUAGCAUUGCUGCCUCACAGCUCCAAAGUACGUGGUUCGAUCCUGAGCUCGAGUUACUUUCUGUGUGGACAUGUUCUCCCUCUCUGUUCAUGUGGGUUUCCUCCAGGUUCUCCGCUCUCCUCCCACUGUCCAAAAACAUGCCAGUAAGUGGAUUGGCUACACUGAAUUGCCCCUAGGUGUGAAUGUGCAUCUGGUUGGUGCCCUGUGAUGGACUGGUGUCCCAUCCUGGGUGUAUUCCCACUUCACACCCAGUGUUCCCAGGAUAAGCCCCGGAUCCACCACAACCCUGACUAGGAUAAAUCAGUUAUUAAAGGUGAAUGAAUAAAUUUAUAAUCAGAUAGAACUGCUCAUAAGGGCCUUCCUUGUGUUUUGAAGUCACUUUAUAAAGCUUGUGAUUGUACAUUUCUAAAUGUUUUUAUCUCUGGGGUUAGAGAUAUGACCUAUGACCACUUUAUGUUGCUGUCCUGACCAAAUGUAUUAAUCCAGCAUUGAAGAAGCUUUGCUAGUCCUGUCCUAAAGUGAAACUCGCUGUGAUUUUUAUCUGUUAUGAUUUGCCCUGUUGUAUUGAAUUUAGUGUAAAGUCAAACAACUUACAGUACACCUGCACAUUAUGAGAAUUAUGUUUGCUGAGGCCCUACAAGAGGACACUCUACAGCUAGCUUCACUUCCGAUUGUCGUCAACCCUGUAAUAAUGAGUUUCUUCAUGUAGUGUAUGAUGUGUUGAAUGUUCAAGUAUAUGGUACAGAUAAUCACCUUUUAAUAUCUUGAAUAGCUCUGCUUUGCAGGAAUAUAAUGUUUCAGUUCUUGCAAUGUGACAUUCUUAAUUCAUUUCCUUUGUGCACCUUAUUCUAGUUCAUUUCAUUUACAUACAUAGAUGAUCACUAAUCAGGUCGUUAGGCAUUAAAGGUCUGGUGUGUCGUUUUAUCGUCCUCUGCUGGCUUUGAUGCAAAUUGCAGUCGCAAUGAACAUUAACUCCACCUUCAUGCUGCAACUAGGUAUGCAUGGUGAGUUGCAUUGUGGUAAGGAAAAGACGCAGCACUUAGCAGCUGUUGUAGGCGGAGUUCAUUUAUGGGCCAGAAAAAUGUCAAAUAUAAAUGUAAAAAAAACCUAAAAUAAAGACGCCAGAGAUAUUGUAUGGCAAUAUUAUGAAUAAUAUUUCUUUUCCUAAGGAAUCAUUGGAAUAAUAUUUAUUAUUACAGGUUUCGAAACAUUAUGCACCUUUAAAAGCUUCAUUCAAAAGUUUUAUUUGGUUCAUUAAUGUUUAAUUUCCGCAGACAGCACAGUGUAGCUGUUUUGCAGUUCACCCUGAGUUCAAAGCCAGAUGAAUCAGUGAUUUAAUGAACUGAAUCCUUCAGCAGCAACUCACCCAUUAGAUUAGUUGUUCAGUGUGUGAAUCUAUUUUCUGUCGUGCAAAUGUUGUCCAGAGUGUUUAUUUUUACUCUAGUGCUGCAGACGGUGACUGAUUUGUAAGCUUUGUAUAGUGUGAGUCAUAGAACGAUUGUGUCAAUAAACUUUCCAAAUGUGUUUCAGCUA